CAAUUGAAAAGGUAUGCCUCGUUACCAAACCCUCUUAGGCAGCACGUUCCGCAUGAAAAUGACUUCCUCGACAUUGUCCAUGGCUCUCGAGAACGGGACAUUAGGCAGGUUGUCUUACAGGCACCCGAGAUCGAAACCCGUGAUGAGCACAUGUCGUGUCGAACGCGAGCCUCUGUAAAUUGUUUGUCUCAGGUAGAUAAGGUAAAAUUUGAAAUAGCAAAGAUGGGACCUUUUGAAAAGGAGGAAUAUAGGGUGGAGGAUGAUGAUGAUGAUGUGCCAACUAUGAGUGGGAACAAUGACACGUUCUUUGCAACUGUGGUUGGUGUAACAUAUCAUGUGAAUUCGUUUUUGGAAUUAAAUCUUUUGAGGCCGUUGCUUAGGGCUUGUGAAGCUCGUUACUGUAAACCCACUCUC